UAUGAAUCGCGCUCAGACAGUCGGUUGUGUGAUUACAGACAAGUGCUUUUUGUUAUUCGCAUUUUUCGCGCGACUCGUGUAAAAAUAUUUGUAAUUAUUGAUAAAAUAGUUUACAAUGUCUUUCAUAAUUGAUAUUUAGUAAAAGUUGAAUGUUUGGAAAGUUUUUUCUAUUCCAAAUCUAAUAAUGAAGAAUUGGGAAUAAUUUUCGUAUUAUAUUUGUGUGUUACUGCCUAAAAAUACUAUGGGAAGGGUAAAUUUUGGUACAAGAUGUUGUCCAAAUCGUUUUUCUUUUUGGAGAGCCAAUUGGAAGCCCAAUGCCGAUUUGCAGCUGCAGCCCCUACCAAAACCUAAAGAGGCUAGUGAAAUCUACAACAACGUCCUAUCAGACGAACCAGCCCAACCAGACAUCUUAAUCAUAAGAAAUAUCGAUCCAUGUAUAAAACAUAAUGGCGCAUUCCAUCACACCUCCCGAUAUGAAGUUAUGGAACGGGAGUAUUAUCCCGAACUGGUGGUCCGAAGAGGACAGAGUUUUCAAUUAGAUAUCACCCUUAAUCGGCCAUAUGAUGAAAAGAGGGAUGGAGUUUCGUUCAUAUUAUUUCUAGAUGGUGAGGAAAGACUGUCCCAUGGAAAUGGUUCGUUAGUAGGGGUACCUUUAUUAAAGAAACCAAAUAAAAACCUUUCUUGGAAUGUUCUACUGGAGAAAAGUGAAGGUUGUGUAAUAACCAUACAAAUUACUACACCAGCUGAUGCCAUUGUUGGAAAAUGGAACUUAGAAGUGGAUACAAAACUAAUGGAUAAUGGAUCAUAUAGCUACAGCUGGGAAACAAAAAUCUACAUUUUAUUUAACCCUUGGUGUGUCCACGACCAGGUAUACUUAAAAUCAAGCGAGUGGAGAGAAGAAGCUGUUCUUAACGAUACUGGAUUAAUAUGGAGAGGAACGUACAACAGGUUGCGUCCAGUUAUUUGGAAAUAUGACCAGUUUGACAAAGAUAUUUUAGAUUGUUCCUUAUACUUAGUAAACGUAGUGGGAAAGGCUAAAGUUAGACAACGAGCUGAUCCUGUGAUGACCACUAGAGCUUUAGCCGCCGCAGUAAAUUCACCAGACGAUAACGGAGCAGUAAUGGGUAACUGGUCUACAGACCACAGUGGGGGAACACCUCCUACAAAAUGGAUAGGCAGCAAGGAGAUCUUACAGCAGUAUUAUAAGAAGAAAAAACCUGUUAAAUAUGGUCAGUGCUGGGUCUUUGCAGGAGUCCUGUCAACCGCUUGUCGAGCUCUUGGCAUACCUGCUAGAACCGUGACGAAUUACUCUUCAGCUCACGAUACCCAAAACUCCUUAACAGUGGACUAUUUCGUUGAUGAAAAUGGGUCUUUAAUGGAAGAAAUGGCAUCAGAUUCAGUAUGGAACUUUCAUGUUUGGAACGAAGUUUGGAUGGAUAGACCUGAUCUGGGUAGCCACUAUGGUGGCUGGCAAGCCAUUGAUGCCACGCCGCAGGAACUAAGUGAUGACCAGUAUAGAUGUGGACCUGCAUCUGUGAUAGCUGUUAAGCAAGGGGAAGUACUCAGACCCUACGACAGCACAUUCUUAUUUUCAGAAGUAAACGCGGAUAAGAUCUUCUGGAGAUAUUCUGGACCAACGCAACCACUGAAACUUCUGGACAAAGACACUUACGGUAUAGGAAAACUAAUCUGCACCAAAGCUCCAGGGGCCUUCGAUAGAGAAAACAUAACCUAUUCGUAUAAAUACGAGGAAAGCAGCGACGAGGAGAGAUCUACAAUGUUGAAGGCUCUGCGCCAAUCAGAAAAUUUAUUUUCUAGGUAUUACCUCAACGAGGAAUUCAACGAUAUACACUUUGACUUCAAGCUUAUUGACGAUAUCAAGAUUGGACAGCCGUUUAAUGUGCUACUCGACAUGAAGAACAGAAGUGCCACAAAUGAGUAUAAAGUAUCUGCUAAUAUUAGUGUGGAAGUAGUAACUUAUACAGGUAAAGUAGGAGAAAACGUUAAACAGAAGAAAUAUAACGUUGUUGUCAAGCCAAAAGAAAGCCAAGAAUUGAAGUUAUACGUUACUUACGAGGAUUAUGGAAGAAGAGUGAUAGAUCAGUGUGCGUUUAAUGUUGUAUGCUUAGCAAAAAUAGCAGAUACCAAUUUUGAGUAUAUUGCGCAAGAUGAUUUUAGGAUAAGGAAACCAGACAUUAAAAUCAAGUUAAAAACAACUCCAAUAGAAGAAACUGAAACAUAUGCUGAGAUUUCUGUAGAAAAUCCACUACCAAUGGCUUUAAAGAAGGGUGUCUUUACCAUAGAAGGACCUGGUAUAGAAGGGAAGCUUAAGGUGUAUGCCAAAGAAAGUGUGCCACCUGGAGGUCGUGCUAAAGGGGAGUUUAAGUUUACUCCUCCUCGGAUAGGAAGACAUACAAUAGCUGCCAAAUUUGUUUGUAAACAGAUGGACGAUGUAGAUGGUUUCCUUUCUAUAAUGGUCGAACCAAAGAAAGACGACAAUACCUUGGAUAAUAAUAUAUAAAUAUUUAAUUUGUUUGUAUGCAUAUACAGCGAGCAACUAAUGAAGUUCUUCUAGAUACAGCCAAUCAAUGAAUAAUAAGUCGUGGUUUUUAACGGCUUUACAUUAUAUAUUGAUAGAACUGAAAAUCAAAUAAAUACCUUAUUGAUGUAACUGGAGGUUAGAAUCGCUUCUAAAUUUUAAAUUCUUAACGCAUCAGUUCCCAGACCAUUCGAAAUUAAUAUGUCUCGCGUAACAAACAAGUGCCUUCCAUCUGCUAUCUGAACUGGCUAAAAGUGAGACGAUUAAUACAGUUGUUGUUAAUACUCCAAGAAGAUGAAACUAAUAAAAUUUAUCAAGCACAAA